AUGGCACCGACUCGGUCCCACGCUCGUGGCCAGCCACAACCCCAGCCUUCCCCUGGUAUUGGAGGAGACUCGUAUAUCCACCAGGACCAUCCCAGUUACAGUGUGGACUAUCAAGAAGUUGCCGCAGCGCACAACAAUCGAGCAGAAGUCUCCAUGAUGAUGACGGAUCCAUUCCCUGGCGAAGAAGAGCCGAUCCCUGUGGUGGAGCACUCGUAUCGAGUGGAGACGGUCAAUGAGAGUGUCGACGAAGGUCCUUUUACCGACAAGCGGGAAGGCAGUCCUCCUCUUCGCGAAACCAUUUCCAAUCGACAGCGACCUACUAGCAAUUUCCGGUCCACACCACAGUCCUCCAAUACCAGUCGCUUUCUUCGUCGCAAAAUUAAUACUUCUACGACCGUGGAAGAAGUCACGCAACCACCCAAAUCUCCUCGUGACGGAAUUUUCACUACCGAUUUCAAAGAAUUACACGACAAGACCAUCAAGCGCCGACAAAAUCAGCAAAAGCACAUGAUGUCGCUUGAACGACGAUUGGCACUCAUGCAAGCCAACUUGGCCAAUAUCAGCAUGGAUCGAGACCUACAAAAUUGCAGUCACCUACAAACUCAUAUUAGCGAACCCAUGACACAAGCGGCCGAACGAUUGGCCGUGGAACAAGAGACGCGAUUUUCACCGGCUUCUCUCGGAUCCAAACAUUGGAUGCAACUGCAAACACGCUUGUCGCAAAUUGAAUCCGAUGUCGCGCGGCAAAUUCACGUCGUGGCGCCGCAAUCCAUUCGCGAACAUUUGGAUGCACCCUACAAUACCUUGACACAGGAAAUCACGCCCCAAGUGUAUGCCGAAACGAACAAAUCGGAGAAACGAGAAGGCGUCAUGUUUCGAUCCUUUGAAGAUGUGGCCGGAACGGCACGACGACGCUAUCACGAAGAACGAGCAUCCCGUCAUGGUGCUUUUGAGGUGGUGCGGCAAAAAUUGGAACAAGAAGCCAAGAUGCAGAGUGAUCCACAACGCAUUGAAGAUGCCAUUGCCAAGGUACGCGUCUUGCGAGCCAAAUUGGAACAAGAACGAGUCGAACGACGCAUGCGGGAUGAACAUUUGAAAACGGCCAUUGAACAGGAAGUCAUUAGUAUGCGUAGGGCCAUGUUGGAAGCGACCGGUGGAGAUGAUAUCAUUGUGGAACACCAGCAGCAGCAGCAAGAUACGAGCCGGGCCAUUAUGUAUCGUUGA